AUGACGAAGUACCCAUGCGCCUUUUGCAAUCUUCGAUUCGAGAACUCGAACUUGGCUUUUCGACAUGAAUAUAUUGUCCAUAAUCAUACUAAUCCAGGAUUUUCGGUUUAUGAGUCGUUUGGGCGAGAUGGAACGCAAGAACCAGAGCUAUCGUCAAAUGUACCAUCGGGGCAAGAAUCGGGACAAGAAUCGGGAGAAGCAUCGGGAGAUGCAUCGGGACAAAUAUCGGGAGAAGCAUCGGGGCAAGCGUCGAUGCCGACCACUCCACCGCCUCAAUUGAAUAGAUCGUCGACUCCGGAUACAUCAUCAAAUGGAUCUGACGUGAUUCCGGAUGCACCAUUGAAUGACUCUGACGAAAGCAGUGAUAGACGUGAAAUGGAAAUCAGAGUGAGGAAAUUCUUUUCUAAAAUGGUCAAGGAAGCGGAUAUGGAAGCGGAUAAUGAAUUAGAAAAGACUGCAGAAACAGAAGGGGAUGGAGGAAACAUGACUGAAAGAUUUAGAAGAGAAGGGUCAGCGAGUAAUCCAGAAUCUCCCCGGCCAGUGAGAAAACUAGCUCGAACUCGAUCAAAGUCACAAGUGAUGGACACUGGCGCCUAUGAAGAUUUUUCGGUGUGGAAUGAAGAACAACUUGCUCCACCAUCACCUGUAACAGCCCCGGCACAACCCAUACCAAUACCCCCAUCUCGGAUUCCGGAAAGACGACCCGUUGGGUCGACAGCACUAACUCUGGAGGUGAAGGGGUUCAAGGCGAGUGUGUUUAUGCUUCCUGAUGGAACGGAAGUCUCGGCUCUAGAUACACCUGAAUCUUCAGGGUCUGAUUCAAGGGCAGUGACUUCAGGGCUUGAUUCACCGUUAGUGCCUUCAGAGUUUAGUUAUAGACCUGGUCAUCAACGUGAUUUAUCUGGCGGGAGUGUAGCGAAGAAGAUAUUGGACCGGAAGUUGGAAAGGUUAUCUGCGGAACAAGAUGCAAAUGAGGAUGAGGAUGAGGAUGGAGAUGGGGAUGAGAUGGAUGAGGAAGAGAAGGUUGGGGAUGAGAAGAAUGGGGAUGAGAAGGAUGGGGAUGUGAAGGAUGGGGAUUAG